AUGUCGGUUAAGGUAAUCAAGGAGAUUAUGUAUAUUCAGAGGAAAUUCUUGUGGGCUGGCACGACUGAUAAAAAAUCUAUGUCUUGGGUUAGAUGGUCAUUGGUGUGCAAGCUCAAGGUUGUCGAAGGGUUGGGAAUCAAGGAUGUGGCUAUUUUUAAUAGAGCAUUGUUAUCUAAGUGGCCGUGGAGGUUCAUUUACGAGCCAAAUGCAAUAUGGUUGGGAAUUCUUAAAGCAAAAUAUGGUAACUUGAGGAUAAGAGUUCUUUCUAAAGAUGUCCAAAGAGUUGCUAGCCUUGAAUCAAUAUGGUGGAAGGAUAUCAUGGGGAUUGGAGAUUCCUUACAAUAUGAAGGAUUCUACAAUCAAAUUUCAUGA